AUGACAGCUCUACCCCGCUACGAUGGAACGUUCAGUUUCACCUCUUCAAGACUAUAUGAGAACAUCAAGCGCGUCUUCCCUACCUACAACAAUAAAGAUCCGAAGACUUGGCCAUAUGUUAGUCUAUCAACGAUAGAGAAACAUCGUCCCUACCAGGGUUAUCCAGAUCUGCCGACAGGCGUAGCCUACCAACGAGAGGCGAUGACGCGAUAUGAAGACUUGUACUCCCCGGAAGAUCGAACCAUCGCCGCCUCAGCGAAUGGCUCUUUCCAUCAGCGUUUUCCAUUCAACUACGACAAGUUCGACGAGCCGAAAGAGCAAGUCGGGAUGUCUGGAGCGGAGUAUCGGGCAUACAUGGGGACUACUCUGGCUGCACCCGCAAUAGAUUGUGACACUCCUUCAGAUCAUCGUGAACAACCGGAGAGCGCAUCUCCAACACUAGGCAUCAAAGCUCUGAACCGUGUUUUCUGCGCAAAGAAGAAGUGUCUUGUGAGCUCGCAAGCAGAUCUCAAAGAGUACGAAACAACCGAAGGCUUGCGCAGGAGGGCUAUGUACGACGCCCAGUUUGAGCUGGAGAAAGAGAAGCAACGCGCUGAUGAUGCCGAGAAGAAAUGCAUGCUUCGCAUGGAAGAAAACCUCAGGUUGCUCCGUCACCUGAAUGAGUUGGAGACGAAGGUGAAGGAAAUGGAGGAGUUGGACGCGUAUUGUGUCCAGUUGGAAGCAGAAAUCGAGGCGUUGAAUGGCGAGCGAGCGACUGAAGAGCGAGGCCGUGAGCAGCUUUCGGAACCUCAGAUGGAGGAAGAAAGCUUCAACAUGCUACGUAAGAGGAUGCGAUCGAAAAGUACAAAGUGA